ACCGGAGAAAGUAACCGAAGUGUUUUCUUCUUCCUUCCCCCGAUUUCCUUUCCCCGCCUUCCCCGAGAGACCAUCCAUCAACCACUCGCCGGAAUCUCGCCGUCGUAGACGAAACGAUGCUCAGCAUUCUCGCUCAGGAGCGCCUGCUCGGGUUCGCGUUGGGCGGCGCUUUCACCGGUUUCGUAGUGUUUGAGCAGCGGAGGCGAAUCCACGACUCAAUUUCGGCCUACCAAUCUCCGUCCGAUGCCCAAAAACAGUUGAAAGAGCCGAUAUUGGGGAAGCAAUUCCGCUCGGAGUCUGCUCUCUUAUGGAACAAAGCCGUGGAUCAGGCGUUCGGGCUGCUCGUUUCCGCCCUUAGUUCGCACAGAGAAUGAAAUCAUUGAACAUGUUUGUGAUCUUGUAUUCGACCCAUUAUUUUGCCAAUUCUUAUGAAUUAUGAUACGCUGAAGAACAUGCUUGCAAUUCUUAUGAAAACCCUCCCUUUUUUCUCUGAUUGUAUCAUGUACCACUCAAGACUAACUUGCUUGCUUGUUACACUGAAUAUGAGGUGCAAUUGGUGAUGUUGAUGUGUGCCUCCCUGGAAAUCCAUUGAAUGGAAAGGAAAGCUGCAGAAAAUAAGGGGGACAUUGUUGUUUUUCAGAAGUAUGUUACAGCCCACAACCGUUGGUAGAAGAAAGAUAAAAACAACAUAUGGACAACCCUCAGUUAUGUCUCGCCGUGAAAUGCCUGUCAUAUGAGGAC